AUGGCAGCAGCAAAAACACCCCUCGAAGAUAUUGUGGAGAGUUUGGGGCCGAGACUAAGCUCUAAAGGUCAAACCUACCUCAUCUCUGAUACCAAAACCUUCUCUGAGACGUUCACUUCCUGGUCCGACUUCAACAAGAAGGUGCCUUCUGCAGUCAUCAAGAUCCACACAGUUCUCUGGUUAACCUCAAACUCAGUCCCUUUUGUUAUCAAAGCAGGUGGUCAUGGCAACUUCUGCACUAUCGGGAAGGAAGGAGUAAUUAUCGAUCUUUCCAACAUGAAGAGAGUCACCCUCCACGAAGACAGUGUUACUGUAGAAGCUGGUAUUCUGACGGAUGAGUUGAUCUCCACCCUAUACCCACAAGGACGUUGUGUUGUUUCCGGUGGCUGUGGAGGAGUCGGGGUAUCUGGCUCUUGUCUCGCAGGUGGUCUGGGACCCCUCAUAGGCCUACAUGGGCUCAUAAGCGAUAACAUUCUGAGUGCUCGGGUAAUCACUGCUGCUGGGGAGCUGAUCGAAGUCUCGAAGACGAAGAACCCGGACCUUUUCUGGGCGUUGAGAGGGGCGGGGAUGAGGUUUGGGUUUGUGGUUGAACUGACGUUUCGUACUUAUCCGUUGUCGACGUUGGGCAGUGACGAUGGAAGUAUUUGGGAGAUGACAUUGAUGUGGGGCGAGGAACAGCUCGAAGAUCUGGUCGAGGCUCUAAAUGGGCUAGGCUGGACAAAGGGGGAGGCGAUGGGAUAUUUUGGUUUUGUGCAUGUGAAGGAGAAGGAGAGUGAUAAAAUUUCACCAGUAUGCCUGGCGAUACUCCAUUAUUUCGGCCCAACUUCAGCCGCUGAAGAAUAUUUCAAACCUCUUCUUUCUCUGAGUCCAUUUCAUGCCCUCAGCCCCCCGCCCCAAGCACAACCGGUUCGCAUCCCCUAUAACCUCAUUAACGCCCUACAAGUCCCGAGCCAAAAGCACGGCGGGUUCAAGUCGCUGUUCGGAGUGGGUGUGCAAAGAUUAAGUGUCCCGGGUAUGCGUAAGAUCUGGGACAGGUAUACCCAGUUCGUAAGCACAAACCCCGACGCUUACCAGAGCGCAGUCCUCGUGGAGUUGUUCUCGGUGGAAAAGGUUCGGGAAGUCGGGAGAAAGGACGACACGGCGUUCCCGCAUAGGGAUGUCAACAUAUGGGCAUUGCCACAGCUAUGGUACAAUGAUCCCAGCACUGAGCCAGCUGCUACAAAGUUCGGGAACGAGGUCCGGAAAAUGUUACAAGAUGAGGACUUUGGUAGUGGUGGUAAAGUCAAGGCCUAUGUGAACUUUAAUAGAGGGGAUGAAAGUAUUAUCGACACAUACGGAAGUAAGGAAAGGGUAGCACGAUUGCAGGAACUGAAGAAAGAGUGGGACCCAAGGUCCCUCUUCGGAGAUUUGGUUCCGUCGUUGAAAUAG